AUGACAAGAGAAUUAUUAACUUCUCCAAAUAAAUCCUCUUCAUCAACAAUAUAUUCAUAUAAAUUAGGAUCAUAUAUAAUGGGACCAACUUUAGGGAUAGGAUCAUUCGGUAAAGUAAAAUUAGCAAAACAUGAACCAACAGGAUAUAAUGUUGCAAUAAAAAUUAUGAACAAGGCAAAAAUUAAUUCUAUUGAUAUGUAUGAUAAAGCUAGACGUGAGAUUAGUAUACUACAAAGCAUUGACCACCCUCAUAUUAUACGAUUGUAUGAGGUUAUUGAUACACCUUCAGAUAUAUUUAUGGUAAUGGAAUAUAUUAAUGGUGGUGAAUUAUUUGAUUAUAUUGUACAAAAAGGUCGUCUAAAUGAAAAUGAAUCAAGAAGAUUAUUUCAACAAUUAAUAUCUGGAAUUGAGUAUUGUUAUAUAAAUAGAAUAUGUCAUCGUGAUUUAAAACCUGAAAAUAUUUUAUUAGAUAAACAAUGUAAUAUAAAAAUAGGUGAUUUUGGAUUAUCUAGUUAUAUUUAUGAUGGUAACUUUUUAAGAACAUCAUGUGGUUCACCAAAUUAUGCAGCACCAGAAGUAGUAUCUGGGAAGGCUUAUUCUGGUCCAGAGAUUGAUAUAUGGUCAUGUGGUGUAAUUUUAUAUGCAUUAUUAUGUGGUUCAUUACCGUUUGAUGAUGAAAAUGUUAGUAAUUUAUUUCGUAAAAUAAGAAAUGGUAUUUUUAAUAUGCCUGGUCAUAUAUCAGAUGCUGGUAAAUCAUUAAUUGCUAAAAUGUUAACAGUAGAUCCAUCUCAAAGAAUUAAUUAUAAGGAAAUAAGACGUCAUCCAUGGUUUAGAAAAAAUUUACCAUUUUAUUUAGAACCACAAUAUUAUCAUUUAUUUUUGCCUAAAAUAUUUUCAAAAAAUUUAUUCAAAAUAGAUUCAUAUAAUCAAUUAAACAAUAAUGAUGUGACAUCUUGUUUACUUUUUGAUAAAAUUAAGCAAGAAAAUGGUGCAAUGUGGGCACAAAUACAAAGAAAACAUCAUCGUCAACAUUCAAUUUUUCCAAGAGAAAUUCAAAAAAAAGUAAUAUCACGUAUUCCAAUAUUUGCAAAUACACAUAUUAAUAGUAAAUAUCUUUUAAAAAAAUCUCCAAAUUAUAUUAAAUAUGAUAUUAAUAAUAAUAAUCAAAAAAGUAUUUUUCAAUUAUUAUUAUCUAAAAUGACAGAAGCUAUAGAUAAUAUUAAAAUGCAAUCUGAAUUAGAGAAAAGUCAUAUUAAAAAACAAUUAUUUGAUUCUUCAAAAAAUAUUAUUUCUGAUCCUAAUAUAAAAGAACAAAUUGAACAAUCCGAAAUAAAAUCAAUUAAUUUAGAAUCAGAAAUAAAUAUCCAUUUAGAUAAAGACAAUAUAUUAAAUAAUCAAGAUUCUUUUAAUAAUAAAAGUGAUCAGAAUAAUAUGAAAAAUCAUCUUUAUUCUCCAACAUCACAUAUACAAAUUUCUACUAUACCUACUUUAUCUAUUAAUUUAUCUACAGAAUCUAAUUUACUAACAAGUUUAGAAAAUCGUUGGUUAUUAGGUUUUGAAAUUACUGGAAAAUUAGAUAAUAUUAUAUUUAAUAUAUUGAAAACUCUUAAAGAAUCUAAUUUUGAAUGGAGAUUUCAAUCAUUACAUAAGCUAAGUUGCAGACCAAUUAUUUUAUCAGAAGAAAAACCUCAAUGUAAAUUAAGUGAUCAGAAAAAUUAUGGAGAUAAUAUUAAGUUAUCUAUAAUGACAAGUCCAUACAUAACAAUACAAUUAUUUAAAAUAUGUUCAUUUAAGUAUUUACUAGAUAUUCAAGUAAUUGAUGGUCCCUUAUUAACUACAGCAUAUUUAGCAUUUAAAUUAACUACUAAAAUAUAUACAAAUUUAAAGUAUAAUCAUGAUCACAUUAAUACAAGAUAA